AUGUGCGAAAAGCUUCAACUUCCUCGCAUUCGACUUCCACAGCCGAUUACUAUCAGUGGAAUUGGCAACACCACCACGAUCGUGGAACACGAGACAUCAGUCACCAUCUUCUCCCGGGUGUCGCCAUUCACCCUGAAAAGUUCCAUGCUCAUACUCCCGUCGAUUACCAUGAAACUGCCGCAGUUCUCCGUCGACGUUCGUGAAUGGUCGAUUCCAAAGCACGUUGACCUUGCUGAUCCCAUGUUCGCCAUCACCGGUAGCAUUGACAUGAUCCUUGGCGCUGCACACUUCUUCCGUGUUCUCCGUUAUGGCCGAAUUUCUCUUGGCAUCGAUCUUCCUCUGAUCCAGAACACAGAAUUCGGUUGGGUCGUCUCAGGAGAAUGUACGGUGGAAAACCACGAUAACCAAGAUCCACGUAGCUGUCAGUUCAGCAAUUCCUGCACAAUCGACGAGUUGGUCAACCGUUUCUGGCAGUUGGAGGAGGUUCAAAAGACAAAAGGCUGGUCUCCGUCCGAACGUUUCUGCGAAGAACACUUCCUCAAGAACACAACUCGAAACUCCGAUGGCCGCUACGUUGUCCUACUUCCGAAGCGAGAAGAACUCCUGUUGCAGCUAGAUGACAACUGGUUCAACGCUACGCGACGUUUCUACGCUUUAGAACGGUCGCUAACCCGAGAUCCUGAGAAGAAGGCAAUGUACCAGAAGUUCAUCCACGAAUAUUUGGCGUUAGGACACAUGUGA